UGGCGUUGCGACACCGGACGCGGGGGCGGGGCCUCUUUCCCCACCGCCUCCUGCCCGCACGGCCAGCGGGCUUCCGAAAGCAAACGAAGCCAGCCAGCCCCUCGCAAUGGAGACGGUCACUUCUUCAGACAGCUCCCCAGCUCUGGAAAAUGAGCGUCCUCAAGAGUCUCCAGAAUCCAACAACAGUGUGUACACUUCCUUCAUGAAGUCCCAUCGCUGCUAUGACCUGAUUCCCACAAGCUCCAAGUUGGUUGUAUUUGAUACCUCCCUUCAGGUAAAGAAAGCAUUCUUUGCUCUGGUGACUAAUGGUGUGCGAGCUGCCCCUUUGUGGGACAGUAAGAAGCAAAGUUUUGUGGGCAUGCUGACCAUCACUGAUUUCAUCAAUAUCCUGCAUCGCUACUAUAAAUCGGCCUUGGUCCAGAUCUAUGAGCUGGAAGAACACAAGAUAGAAACUUGGAGAGAGGUGUACCUGCAGGAUUCCUUUAAGCCGCUGGUCUGCAUUUCUCCUAAUGCCAGCUUAUUUGAUGCCGUCUCUUCAUUAAUUCGAAACAAGAUCCACAGGCUGCCAGUCAUUGACCCGGAAUCAGGCAACACCUUGUACAUCCUCACCCAUAAGCGCAUCCUCAAGUUCCUCAAAUUGUUUAUCACUGAGUUCCCCAAGCCAGAGUUCAUGUCCAAGUCCCUGGAAGAGCUCCAGAUUGGCACCUAUGCCAACAUUGCCAUGGUCCGCACCACCACCCCUGUGUACGUGGCUCUGGGCAUCUUUGUUCAGCACCGAGUCUCGGCCCUACCAGUAGUAGAUGAGAAAGGGCGUGUGGUGGACAUCUACUCCAAGUUUGAUGUUAUCAAUCUGGCCGCAGAAAAGACCUACAACAACCUGGAUGUGUCUGUGACCAAAGCCCUGCAGCACCGGUCACAUUACUUUGAGGGCGUCCUCAAGUGCCACCUGCACGAGACUCUGGAAACCAUCAUCAAUCGGCUGGUGGAAGCAGAGGUUCACCGACUUGUGGUGGUGGAUGAGAAUGAUGUGGUCAAGGGAAUCGUGUCCCUGUCUGACAUCCUGCAAGCCCUGGUGCUCAGAGGAGAGAGGAAGCCCUGAGCUGGGGCAGAGGCCAGGCAGCACCAGAGACUAGGCCCCAGUCUCCGCUGCCCCAAGUUCUGAGCUGCAGACGAAACCUUGAGAGCAUGAUUAGGACUGCUGUCUGCCCGGGAGCACCCUGCCACUCUACCUAGCAGCUGGGGGCAGAAGCAGAAGGGGUUCUUAGCUUUCUUACCCUCACACAAGCACUUGAGAGAAACUCGUAGUCUAGCCCAUCGUAGCCCCUGUGCUCUCCAAGUAGCCCCUUUUCUAGGUGAACUGUGGGCUCUGUGCCCCUCAGGCAGAUCUGAUCUCCAAGAGAUCCCCAGACCUCACCCAAACAUUGCCUCUGUCUCUCAUCCUGACUCCACCCAAAGAUAAUAGCACAACAAGCGUCUUCAUAAAGAUAUUUUUAUUCAUGCUGUUU